UUUUUUUUUUUGUUCUUUUAACAACAAUGAAGCAGACAAGUCCCUUUCAGCUUUCUUCGAUUUUAGCUGCCCAUGAUUCAGAUAUCAAGGCUGUCCGAGGACCAAAUGAAGAUUUGGUUAUUUCCGCGUCUCGAGACAAGACAGUACGUAGCUGGUUGAGAAUCGGCGCAAACGCUUUUUCCGAGAGUAAAUUGUAUUUGGGACAUGCAAGUUUCGUUAACUCGCUUGCAUUUCUUAAUCCAACUGCUGAAUAUACUAAGGGUCUUGUAGUUAGUGGUAGCAGUGAUAAGACCAUAAAUGUUUUUGAUCUUGAAAAUGCACAAGAUCCAAUUUAUUCGUUAAUUGGGCAUUCUGAUAAUGUUUGUGCGUUAGAUGUUACACCAUCCGGUUAUAUUGUUUCUGGUUCUUGGGAUAAGACAACUAAAAUUUGGAAAAAUUGGCAAGAAGCGUGUACUUUGGAAGGACAUUCCCACGCUGUAUGGGCAGUUUUAGCUGUAGAUGAUGACUUAAUAUUUACCGGAUCAGCUGACAAAACUAUCAUAAAAUGGCAGAAUGAGAAACGCGUUCAAACUUUAUAUGGUCACACUGACUGUGUUAGGGCGUUAGCAUUACUACCAGAUAUAGGUUUCGUUUCAUGUGGAAAUGAUAGCACUCUUCGUAUAUGGACAUUAGAUGGACAAUGUAUUCAUGAAUUAAAUGAACAUACAUCCUUUGUGUAUAGCAUUGACGUAUUACCUACAGGUGAAAUUAUAUCAAGUGGAGAAGACCGAUCAGUGAGAGUUUGGAAAGGUGGCGAAUGUAUACAAACUAUUCUACAUCCUGCAACAUCAGUAUGGUGUGUAGCUGCAAUGCCUAAUGGAGAUAUCAUUAGUGGCGCAAGCGAUGGUGUGAUUCGUAUUUUUACAAGGGCCGAAGAACGUAUUGCAGAACAACCUGUACUAAAGGAUUUUGAUGAACAAGUUUCAAAUCACGCGAUUCCUGCAAAUCAAUUGGGAGAUUUAAAGAAAGAUGAGCUUCCAGGAUCGGAAGCAUUGCUUCAACCAGGCAAAAAGGAAGGACAAGUUAUUAUGGUGCGAGUACAUGAUAAAGUUGAGGCUCAUCAAUGGAGUCAAGUCGAUCAAACAUGGCACAAAGUGGGCGAUGUUGUUGAUGCUGUUGGUCAAGGUCGAAAACAAUUAUAUAAUGGAAAAGAAUAUGAUUAUUUGUUCGAUGUUGAUGUUGGAGAUGGAGUCCCACCUUUAAAACUUCCAUACAAUGCUUCUGAUAAUCCGUAUAAAGCAGCUCAAGAUUUCAUUUCGGCUAAUGAACUUCCACAAAGCUAUUUAGAUCAGAUUGCAAAUUUUAUAACUAAAAAUGCACAAGGUGUUUCGUUGGGCACGAGUUCACAAUACGUUGACCCAUUUACUGGCUCAUCAAGAUAUACUCCUUCAGCAUCAUCUUCGAACAUUCAAAAUACUUCCACUACCGGUAUGGAUCCUUGGACUCGUCCAGGAACAACGUCAAAUAUGCAACCUAAGAUAAUUCCACAAAGAACUUAUCUUACUUUUCGGCAAGCAAAUAUUCAAGGCAUCUUAAAAAAAGUUGACCAAAUUAACGAAGCCUUAUUGAUCAAUGAAGAAACUCAAAAAAUUGCGUUGACAACUAAUGAACUUUCAACUUUAAAAAAAUUGGGUCAAUUUCUACAAAAUCCUUUAACCCAUACAUGUGAUCAUCAAAGCGAAUUUGAUGUAAUUCGUAAAAUAAUUACUAAAUGGUCAUUUAAGAAUCGAUUUCCAGGCAUUGACUUGCUACGUCUCCAAAUUCUAUAUACUCCAAUCCCCGCUAAACAUAUUGACAAUGAUGAGAGUAUCAUAAAUUUGAUCACUAAUUUUGCUGGUAUUGUUACCUGGCCUAAAGAUAGCACACCUGAUAAAGAUCAAGAUACAAAUGUAAUGUUAGGUUUAAGAGCAUUAUCAAAUCUAUUUGAAAUUAAGGAGGGAAGAGAUGUUUUAGGUCGUGAGGCUUCCAAGAUUUUAGAAUUACUAUCAUCCACAUGGGAUAAAAGCUCAAGUAAAAAUAACCGUGUUGCUCGAGCAACAGUAUUUCUCAACUUUGCUGUUUUAUAUCAAACAAGUUCAAAUAAAAAUGAGGAUAAUAUUCUUCAAUUAAUAGCAAUACUAGCAGAGCUUCUUAAAUCAGAGAUAGAUUCUGAAGUUAUAUAUAGAGCUCUUAUUACUCUAGGAACAUUGAUUUAUCAAAAUCAAGCUGCUAAAGAUGCUGCUAAAGUUUUUGAUAUAGAAAGUAUUUUAAAAAUCAUAUCUAUUAAAGCAAAAGAAGAUAGAAUCAAUCAAGCUAUUAAUGAAAUUAUAUUUUAAUUAUUUUAUUAUAUUUAAUAAUUAAUAAAAAAAAAAUUAUGAAAAUAUAUAAUA